AUGUUUGCUUCCGCUUUUGCUACUGGUGAGUUGGUCCUCUUUGUUCCUCGAACCCGGCUCAAUGAGUCUCGUUUGCGCGACUGCUGCUCGUCUGAUAUAAAGCCAGAUACUGUCCAAAUGAACCAACCAAUUAAUGCCCCCACGCAAAAAAACAUUGAAGCGAUUCAAAGUUCAAAAGUGGAUUAUGUUGAUGAUGUGGGGAUCUCUCUUGCGACGGCCGAUGGCUUGGUGACAGAAGAUGGCAAAGAAAGAAGAGUUGACAUCAUUGUCACCGCGACGGGCUUUAAGAAUGACUUCCUACCACUGUUCCCAACCAUCGGCAAGGAUGGACGAGCUUUGAGCAAGUAUUGGGCGACCGACGGUCCGAUUGGAUAUCCCAAGACUUACUUUGGGAUCAUGGCACCAAAGAUAUCCAACUGGUUUGCCCCAACUGGUUUGCCGUGGUGCAGCUCCACUAACCAUAUCAAGGCCAACAGUAACGGGCUAGGUGGCACAUUCCCUCUCAACACCGAGAUAUCUGCAACCUAUAUUGCCAAAGUCAUUCGCAAGGUCCAAGGCCAAGGAUAUCUCGCCAUCUACCCAUCAGAAGAAGCCACCGACGACUUUGACGAGAUCAUCGUCCGUCACUUUGAAGACAAGGCCAUCACUGAUGAUUGUGACGGCUGGUGGAAAGCUGGAUUCGGCAAAUCACGCCCGCUCCUCUCGUGGCCCGGUAGUGGUCACCACCGAUUCGGCAUCACCCGCGAUCCACGGUGGGAGGAUUUCGUGUUUGAAAGGACUGAGCAAGGGAACCGAAACCGUUAUGAGUAUUUUGGCAGUGGACACACUGAGAGAGAAAAGAAUGGCAAAGAGAUUCUAAAGUACCUCAGAGAGGUAGGUACAGUUGAUCUUGAAACUGUGCACGAGGCAUGGAAUGAAUGA